AUGGAACCAAUACCGGAGGACAGUAUUGUUCGGAUUAAUGUGGGCGGAAUACGAUUCCAAUGUUACCGGAAGGCACUGAACACGUUCCCGGACUCAAAACUCGCGAGUAUAGAGAAACUCGCGACGGAAUGCUACCGAAACGACUCGAACGAGUUCUUUUUCGACCGGAACCCGCUCCUGUUUGCGUUCAUCCUGGACGGGUACCGGAAAGGUCUACUUCACCUGCCCAAGGACCAUUGCGGCAUCACGUACAAGGAGGAGCUUGAGUUCUGGAAUCUGUCCGCCCGCUGGGUGGCGCCCUGUUGCUGGGAGACGCUCUACAAGUGCGACAGCGACGUGGAAACUAUGAAGCAGCUACUAAUUAGUUUCAAGAGAACGAACGAGAAAAUGUUAGUAAAAGAAGGCAGCGAUGACUUAAAGACGCGCCUCUGGCAGUUCCUGGAGAUUCCUAACUCGUCCAAGCACGCAAUGGUGUGGAGUAUGUUCAUCUCGGCGAUCAUCCUUGCGUCGACGCUGAUGCAGGCGCUGGCGUCGCUGCCCUCGUUCCAGGUGGAGCCCUCCGAGGUGGAGAAGGAGACGCUCAAGCGCUACACCAAGUGGUACAACAUGCCGUUCGGUCUCACCAAGCCACAUCCGUCAAUCCUGUACGCGGAUUUCUGCUGCCACGUCAUCCUAAGUAUCGAGUUCAUCGUUGAGUUCGUUGUUUGCCCAAACCGACGCUCGUUCAUGCUGAGUCCGGUAAGGAUCAUCGUGUUCGUUAGCUACGUUUCCUACUGGAUUGAUAUUAUGCUUGAGUUGAACCUCGACAAGCUGGCAAACUCGCACGCUCUAAAUGUUUACGUCGUUUUCAAGUACAUGACCAUUCUGAUGUUGGGCAGGCUGUUCUACAUUACGAAGCAGGUACCCGCGUUCAAAAUCCUCGGCCUGACCUUCCGGUCGUCCAAGCAGGAACUGAAGAUACUCGUUUUCAUGCUCGGGGUGCUUGUAUUCGGGUUCGGGUACACUUUGUUUAUCACCGAGCUUCUGCAGGAGAGCGAGAUUAACAACGUGUUCGUGGCCAUGUACUGGGCACUCAUCACCUUGACGACUGUGGGCUACGGUAGAUACGUCCCUACCUCCGUCCUCGGCCACGUGGUAGCCGGCGCAUGCGCACUGUGCGGAGUCCUGGUUUUGGCGCUACCUAUCGGAGUGAUUGCCUCCGCGUUCUAUACCUUCUACUACAACCACAAGUACGCCAGCAAACAUUUGGCACUCGCCUUCUAAGAAACACGACGCAUAGGCGAACACCCGUGCAUUCUAUUUCUGAUGGGAAGGCGAACAAAUAUAUUUUUUACAUUGCAUAUGUAAAUAUACAACAUCAAUUUAGAAUGUUUCAUAUAAACCUUAGAUUCACACUUCAAAAUUCCAUUUUUCAUCUAUUGCAAUGAUGAUUGACUGACAAUAUAUAUCACCAUCACGUGUUGGUGACUUAAUUAACUUUGUUUAUCAUCGGUGUUUGACCGCCAAUCAAAUACAUACCCAGUUUGUGUGUAAUCUACAUUAUUGGCAAUAACAUAUUUACGUGAAUCUGAUACGUACAGUAUGACAAUUGUCGGCACGUAACAAAACAUUUAAGCGAACAAAUUUGAUGUAGUGUUAUUGUACCGGUGUCAGUGGCGUUUGGACGUCUAUACAGGAGACUUAAAUGUAUCUGGUAAUAAAUAUCAAAAUAUUAA